AUGCGAGCAUGGAAGUCAUAUGGCCUUGAGAAUGUAAUGUCCUCUGAUGGGUUUGUUGUGUUUAGAUUUAAAGAGGAAGACGAUGUUCAUCGAGUGCUGGAGGAAGACCCUUGGAUGUUUGGGAGAAAGCAUAUGGUGCUACAACAAUGGCACGCCUACACUUCCUUCGACAUGAACAUAAUCUCAAAGGUUCCAGUAUGGGUUCGGUUGCAUAGAGUCCCCCUUCCUCUUUGGACUCAAAGAGGAUUGAGCACGGUUUCAAGUGUGGUUGGUCGACCACUCUCAUGUGACAAGCAAACAUAUGAAUGCACACGUCUCUCUUAUGCUCGUGUGUAUGUAGAACUGGAUACAAAGAGGACACCGUUACAGAAGUUUGAGAUACAGUGUUGUUUAUCAUCAGACCCUAUUGAAGUUAAAGUGGAGUAUGAGUGGAAAUCGAAGAGAUGUGCUAAAUGUGGUUUAUUUGACCAUAAUUGUCAACCAAAAGAGAAAGAGACCAAGCCCAAGGAGGAUGCACAAGCAGCUUCCUUUGGUCCCUCAGGCUCAACAGUAAAUGAAAAAGGGAAAGCUGUCGCAACAGAUACGAGGGUGAUUGAUGAGGCCAAAGCAGAUUCUCAGGCCAUUACAAGACAGGUUCAGGCACUAGAAAUAAAGGCAAUUGGGAAGAAUAAGUGUUCAAAACGAGGUGAAAAGAGGAGAGAUGCUGAUGUAGGGCCAUUAGCUAUGGUUCUGGUGACCGACCAAACUCAGGGCACCUCUUCAGAUUCAGACACUGAUCCUGACAGCCCAAUAGCUAUAGAGGAGGAUCAGGAUGACUUACUAGACAUUGGUGAGUGCAUUUUGAAUAGGUCAGCAUCCCUGUUAGAGUCACCUAACCGUUUUGCCGUAUUGGACAGAAGUAAGAGCUUGGCCACUACUUCAAAAGCAGUAGAUAGUAGUUCAAAGGUAGUUGUUCCACCACUUGUUACACCUCGUACAAGGGCAAGGAGCAAGAGGGGUGCAGGGCCUCAUGCCCGGAACUAA